AAAAAUGGAGGAAGGGGUUAAUAAUAGUCCAAAUGGACGUCCCCCUCCUCCCGGCUUUAAUCAGGCUUAUUUGGAAAAUAAUCAACCGGUUGGUGGGGCGGGGAAUAUUGCUUCUGUUGGAAUUGUGGGGCAACAACCAUCAGCAGCUAGAGCAGAUUUGUGGCAACAAACAUUACAGGCAGCCGUCGCAGCCACCACUCAACCAGAAUCUCGACGGAGAAUGCAAUCUAGAAAGCCUUUAAGGCAAACUCCUGUUGAACGCAAUGAACGUUCCCUAUUGUGUCUUACAGUGCAAAAUCCUUUAAGGAGAGCUUGCAUAUCUAUCACUGAAUGGAGACCUUUUGAAUGGCUUAUACUUAUGAUGAUUUGUGCCAAUUGCAUAGCCCUUGCCGUUUACCAGCCUUAUCCAAUGCAAGAUUCUGAUACAAAAAAUACAGUAUUGGAGAAUUUGGAAUAUUUAUUUAUUGUUGUUUUUACUGCUGAAUGUAUAAUUAAAGUUAUCGCACUUGGAUUUUUACUUCAUCCGGGAGCAUAUUUGAGGAAUGCUUGGAAUAUUCUUGACUUUAUUAUUGUUGUUAUUGGAAUAAUCAGCACAGUACUUUCUCGAAUCAACGUCCAAGCAUUUGACGUCAAAGCUCUUCGUGCCUUUCGUGUUCUCCGACCAUUAAGAUUAGUUUCUAACGUUCCAAGUUUACAAGUUGUGCUCAACGCUAUCUUACGUGCAAUGAUACCUUUAUUACAUAUUGCAAUGCUUGUAUUAUUUGUUAUUUUAAUUUAUGCAAUUAUUGGAUUGGAAUUGUUCUGUGGAAAGCUACAUUCGACUUGUGUGGAUACUUCUAAUGGAGAAUUUGCACAAAAAGAGCCUUCGACUUGUGGACUAGCCCCAAGUGCAUAUCAUUGCGAACCGUCUUCAUUUUCCUCAGCUAUACACGCCAGAAAUAAUAAAUGGAUAUGUUCACCUAACACAACAUGGCUGGGUCCAAAUAAUGGAAUAACUAAUUUUGAUAAUAUUGGUUUGGCUAUGUUAACGGUAUUUCAGUGUGUGUCUUUGGAAGGAUGGACUGAUGUUAUGUAUUGGGUAAACGAUGCAGUUGGACGUGAAUGGCCAUGGAUAUACUUUGUGACAUUAGUCAUUCUCGGCUCCUUUUUUGUCCUAAACCUCGUUUUGGGUGUUCUCUCUGGAGAAUUUUCAAAAGAAAGGGAAAAAGCGAAUGCUAGAGGAUUAUUCCAAAAAUUUAGAGAAAAACAGCAAUUGGAGGAGGAUUUGAAAGGGUAUCUGGAUUGGAUAACUCAAGCAGAGGAUAUUGAACAAUUAAAUGAUGAUGAUGAACAUGGGGGUGAUGAACAUUUGGUUGGGGGUGUUGGUGGUGGAAUUGGGGGUGAUUUGGACGGAGAUGGGGUUUUGGAUGGAGAAGAGCAGGGAGUUGAAGAACAACAACGGUCUUCUGCCUUAAUAGUUCAAUGGCGUUUUCUUCAAAGGUUAAAUAGAAGGUGUCGGAGAGGAUGUAGAAGAAUGGUUAAAUCACAAAUGUUUUAUUGGCUAGUAAUUGUUCUAGUAUUUUUAAAUACACUUGUUUUAACAUCCGAACAUUAUGGACAAGAACCCUGGUUAGAUCAUUUUCAAACUGGUGCAAAUUUAUUUUUUGUUAUUUUGUUUACAAUGGAAAUGUUGUUAAAAAUGUAUUCACUUGGAUUGCUACAAUAUAUGAACAGCCAAUUUAACCGUUUUGAUUGUUUUAUUGUAAUCUCUUCAAUUAUUGAAUUUGUUUUGGUUUAUUUCGAGUUUAUGAAACCUUUGGGUAUUUCUGUUUUGCGUUCAGCACGUCUUUUGAGAAUAUUUAAAGUUACAAAGUAUUGGGCUUCAUUGAGUCAAUUAAUCACUUCCUUACUUUCUUCUCUACGUUCUAUAAUUUCUCUACUUUUGCUUUUAUUCCUUUUUAUUGUUAUUUUUGCUCUUCUGGGAAUGCAAGUAUUUGGUGGACGUUUUAAUUAUGACCCUAUGAGACCGAAACCUCGAGCAAACUUUGACACAUUUACUCAAUCACUACUUACAGUUUUUCAAAUUUUAACGGGAGAGGAUUGGAAUACAGUAAUGUAUAAUGGAAUUGAGAGUUAUGGAGGGAUUGGAUCGCUUGGAAUGCUAGUAUCAAUAUAUUUUAUUGUUCUAUUUAUUUGCGGAAAUUAUAUUUUAUUAAAUGUUUUCUUGGCUAUUGCUGUAGAUAAUUUGGCUGAAGCAGAUCAAGUAAUGAAUGCAAAACCGGGAGAGGAAGAUGAAAUGGAAGUUGAGGGGGAAUACGAGGAAGGGGAGUAUGAACAUGGAGAAACAGAUGAAGACGGGUUGGAUUUGGAGGGGGAUGGAGAGGAUGGAGAUGAUGAAGUUGGUGGGGAUGGAGAGGAAGUUAAUGAUGAAGUGGUUGUUGGGGCUAGACCGAGAAGGGUAAGUAGAGAUUUUUUGAAUAAAUAA